AUGGAAAAAGUGGUGGUUUCUGCUUUGGCAAUUAGUGUUAGGAGAAUCUUCUUCCUCUUCAUCAUCUUCCUAACAAUCCUCCUCAUUUGGGCAAUUCUCCAACCUUCAAAGCCACGUUUCCUCCUCCAAGACGCCACCGUCUACGCCUUCAACGUCUCCGGCAAUCCACCGAACCUCAUCACCUCCAACUUCCAAAUCACUCUCUCUUCCCGGAACCCUAACGACAAGAUCGGCGUUUACUACGACCGCCUUGACGUCUACGCUACUUACCGGAGCCAACAGAUCACUUUCCGAACAUCAAUCCCUCCCACGUAUCAGGGACACAAAGAAGUCAACAUCUGGUCGCCGUUUGUCUACGGAACCUCCGUUCCCAUCGCUCCUUUUAACGGCGUUGGUCUCGACGACGAUAAAGAUAACGGCGCCAUUAUGUUGAUCAUUCGUGCUGAUGGUAGAGUUCGGUGGAAGGUUGGGACUUUUAUCACCGGGAAGUAUCAUCUUUAUGUGAAGUGCCCGGCGUAUAUUAACUUCGGUAAUAAAGCUGCCGGAGUUAUCAUCGGAGAUAACGCCGUUAAGUAUACGUUUACCAGUAGUUGUAGUGUUAGUGUGUGAAACGACGACGGAGAUAAAUAAGGUAACUAACGUCUCCGUUAAGUAAUUUGUUUUCAUAAUCACCACUAGUGAUGUGAAUUGGACAUUUUGCUUAUACGAAUAGCAAAUAUUACAGAUUCGUGUUGUUGUAACGAGUUUGAAGAAUUUCAAUAUGUAUACCUUUAUUUAUUAUAGUUGAAUUCUAAAUUCUAUUUUAAGUUGUGAUUUUCUUAGAAGUAUAUUUUUACUGAUUUUGAUGCAUCUUCUGAUCCUGUCAAAUCGACUUUUGUUUGUAACU